UAUCCUGAUCCAUAGUCCAGUCCAGUCAGUGGCGGUAAUGCACCAAUAAGUUAGGUUGCCAACCACCAAUAAAAACCAAAAAAGAAGCAGCGCACAUUCUUUUAACAUGUUUUGCACAGUGCUUUAGAUCUAAAUGUCAUGAUGUGGGAUUUAAUAUAAUGUGGAGAUCACAUCAGAGAGUAUGAAACCUGACUGACACUGGUACACCAUGGAGAAGUUCAGUAUGAGCUUUGGUGGAGGCUCGAGCAAGAAGGAACUGCUGGAAACCAUCGAAGUGCAGAAGAAACAGCUUGUGAAGUAUCAGACACGUUUUAAAGAUGUUGUCAGAGCGUACCAAAGCCUACUUAAGGAAAAAGAGGCGUUGGAAGCCAGCCUGAAGGUUCUGACCAUUUCACAAGAGGUCGAUUUAAGCCAGCGUGGUGAUAACCUGACGUUUGGUGGAGGUUCAGAAAACGCUGAACGACCUUUGCCCUCUGACCUUGGGGAUGACCGAUCUUCACUUCACAGCGAAGACAGCCUGGAUACAGCAGCCUCUGCUGAAACGGCCACUAGCGUGACCAGCAACAGUACUAAAGGAGACCAAAUAGAGGAGGACCAAAGCUGUGCUGUAGAUGGAGCCACCGCUGGGACUAUCGCAAACGCAAUGCCCCAGCAAUCUGAGGAGGCGAGUGGGUCUGAAAGUGGUAUCAGCUCCAGCAGCAGUGGAUGUACGGAGACGCCGCCACCUGCAGCGGACACAGACCGCCGUGUCAUCCAACUAAAGACGCAGCUGUCCACUCUGACCAGUUCCUUAGCCACCGUCACUCAAGAAAAGUCCAGAAUGGAAGCUUCAUUCCAGGCGGACAAGCGCAAGAUGAAGCAGGAACUGGAGGAGCUGCAGGCCAGGAUGGAGGAAGAGCAGAAGCAGCACCAGGUGGAGAUUCAGAGCCUGCAGGAGCAGCUGGCAGAGAGCAAAGCCCGUGUCAUCACCCAGCAGCACGAACGGGAGCAGGAGCAGGGCGAUCAUGCGCUCAUGCUCCGAGAGCUCCAGAAACUCCUGCAGGAGGAGAGGGGACUGAGACAGGAUGCCGAACUCAAACUGGAGGAUUCGCGAGAGGCGUUGGCUGAAGCCAUGCAGGCGGCAGACCGAGGGAUAGAUUAUGAAACGCAGCUGAAAGAGAUCACUCAGGAACGAGAGGAGCUGAGGAAGAGCCUAAAGGCUGCAGCAGUGGAGAAGAGCAAACCUGAUCCACGUGUCGAGGAGCUCCAGCAAGAGAUUGCAGAGCUCAAAGCUCACUUCAACCAGCAACUUCAGCAGGAAAUUAGAAAGGUGGCACAAGCAGAUGAGCGUCUCCGAGAACAGGCACAAAUGGAGGAAGCACGAGUUGCCAGCCUUGAGGAGCGAGUGUCUGAGCUCUCCGAACUACUGGGUGCCUGCGAGAAGGCCAGACAGAAGGACCAACAAAACGCUCAGAGGCUGCGAGAACGCAUCCUUCAACUCGACACUGAGAAUAAAACCCUCGCCAUCGCAGCAGUCAACAGGUCAACGACCUCCGAUCUAAACAUCGAUGACACCAGCUUGAACGUGGACGUGUUAAAGGACAAACUCGAGAAGGUGAAGAAGCUACUCCUCCUGGCUGCGCAAAGAUCUCAAGACCAGAGUCUGGACAUCAAAAGGCUAUUGGAAGGAGAAAAGGACCAGGAAGUCUCAGAGAGCGAGAAGGCUUCAGUGCUUCACUACCAGCAAGAGCUCCGGCAGCUUAGGGAGGAGUUUGAGCGCUACAAAAUGAGGGCGCAGGGUGUUCUGAAAAACAAGAACACAAAAGAUGGCAACCAGGCCAAAGAGUUAGAAGAAGCACGUGACCAGCUGGCCGAGCUGAAGGAGAAGUACAUCAACCUUCGUAUAAUUUCCGACGAAGCGGAAGUCCAGCACAAACGGGACCUGGAGGAGCGGCAACAAGCGCUUGUAGCACUCCAGCAGACCCACAAACAGGAAGUUGAGAGGCUGGAGGCUCAACACAGGGAGAACUUCUUGCGGCUUGAGGAAGAGUUGCACAAACAGAGAGAUCGCACCAUGGCUCUUCUUGCGGAAAAAGACCUUGAGCUGGAGCGACUCCGGGCGGCCACGGUGAUCGGCUUUGGAAGGCAAGCUACAAAUAACAGCACAGCGAUAGAAGGAGGUGACCUAGAGGAAGAUGAUCCAGAACAAGAAGAAAGCGACAUUAUUGCUCAAGCUCUAAAACUAGCUGGGCCCAACGAGCCGACUUUAUUGUUGUACGCCGAACAGCUGGCACGCAAGGAGGUGGAUGUGGCCGCCUUGCGCAAACAAAAGCAUCGUCUAGAGGAAGACUUGCAUCAGCUACAAGGAAAGCUGAUUGCUAAUGGCGAGAGGCAUGAAGAAGAGGUCGCUGAGCUACGGUGUGAGUUGGACAAACGUUUUCGGGACCAGGGGAGAGAUGGGGCCAACCUUGAGUAUCUCAAGAACGUCAUUUAUAGGUUUCUCACGCUCCAUGACACCAGAGGGCGCCAGCAGACGCUCACGGCCAUUUUGACUAUUUUGCACUUUAGUCCUCAAGAGAAACAAGCUGUGCUGAAGCAGCAACACCACAGUUGGUGGACGACAGGGAUGAGGUGAUGCAAACGACUUGAAGAGUGACUUUACGGUUCUAAUGUGCUGAGAUAAAUAUUCAUUUAUUUUUAUUGACCACUUUUUUUGUGUGCAGUGUGAGAAGGUAUAUCAGGAGCAACAAUGUGGAUAUGUUUCCGAUAAUGACAUAUGUACUCCAACUAUUGCAUGACAGGAUACUACACAGUCUAUGAAUGGUUUGAAUCCAGUAUUGGAUCAUGUAACAGUUAACCAGUCAUCCAGAACUUCCCUCCUGUGUGUGCAACAUAAUUAGAUCUUGACACUAUUGUCAUUGAUUUUGUAUAAUAACUGGAGACGUAAAGUAACACUAUUUGGUUAAUUUGAAAGGUUAACAUCUACAGAAGGGGUUGUGCCAAAGAAAAUGUUCUUAAAAAGCUCUAACAGGCUUUUAAGAGGGAAUCUAGCAAGUAAUGCCUUCAGACAACGGCACUUUUCAUAUAUUGUCAUGAGGAACUCCAUGUAUAUAUUUAACACACAAAGCUAAUUCCAGGGUUUUUAUUGGGAAUAUGCAUUAAUUAAAAAAAUAAAAUAUUAACAGUUGCUUUGAGUUUGUAAACCUAUAGCAGUUUGAAUUUUAUCUUAAGAAGGAUGUGAGCUACUUUAACAUCAUGCAGAUUUUUUGGGGAUAUAUUGUAGUUAGCUCUCUUUUUUUCCUGACAGCCUAGGGCAUUUGAUGACUACACUGAUAUUCCUUUAUAUAAGCUGUACAUACAUUAUGCUUUUUUGAGAAAACUAAUUACAGAUCAUUUUCACGCUUAUCUUGGUUUGUCUUAUAAAUUUGAUCAGUCAGAUAAAUGUGUAUUUUCAAU